UUUUACCAGUCUCGCAGGGAUAGUGGAUAGAAAGCAAUCGCAAAACGCGUUCACGACGAUCAUCACAAAACAAAAAACACAAGCAGAGUUGACGUCGAGUCGAUGUUUGUGGAACAUUUUCUGUCUGAUUUGAGCAGAUUUGGCACUUGUGCACCUGCAAAUUCGUUAUAGCAGUCCGUGGCGGCCGAUCGUGCGGUUCCGAGGCCGAAAAUCAGGCGUCCAGGCUUGGAAUGAAUGGACAAGACGAACUGCGCCGCGAAAUUCUCUCCAGGCAUGUGCUCGAAGCCACCGUGCUGAAUUAGGACUGAAAACAAAAAACUGAAUCUGCCAUGAACGAGGUUUCUGCUUUUCCAAAGAUUGUCAAAGAGGGGUUGCUAUGGAAAAGAGGCGAGCACAUAAAAAAUUGGCGCGCCCGUUACUUCCUCCUUUUUGAAGAUGGAUCACUGGUCGGCUUCAAGAACAAACCAGAGAGCGCCCAGGCUCUCGGUGACCCGCUCAACAAUUUUACGGUCAAGGACUGCCAGAUUAUGGCUGUCGACAGACCGAAGCCCUUCACUUUCAUCAUCCGUGGUCUGCAGAUGACCACAGUCAUUGAGCGCACAUUCCACGUGGAGACCGAUCAGGAAAGGAAAGAUUGGAUGCAAGCCAUCCAGCAAGUGGCUGAGAAAAUUUACCAAGACGAGUCGACUACGGAAGGCUCCAGUGAUGUGCCUAAGUCUGGUGAUGCUGCCAUUGAUGAACUCAGUGCCAAAUUCUCCUUAACUGGCACCUCAACCGCAAAAUCAUCAGGGAGAAAGAAAGUUACUCUAGAAAACUUUGAAUUCCUCAAAGUGCUGGGAAAGGGAACGUUUGGAAAGGUCAUAUUGUGCCGUGAGAAAGGGACUGGACAUUUGUUCGCUUUAAAGAUUCUGAAGAAAGAUGUGAUAAUACAGAAGGACGAGGUGGCACACACGCUGACCGAAAGCAGGGUUCUGCGUACUACGAACCACCCAUUCCUCAUUAGUCUGAAGUACUCGUUCCAAACUGUAGACAGAUUGUGUUUUGUAAUGGAAUACGUAAACGGUGGAGAGCUCUUCUUCCACUUGUCAAGGGAGCGCUUCUUUACUGAAGAUAGGACAAGGUUUUACGGCGCCGAGAUUAUCUCGGCUCUGGCCUAUUUGCACAGUCAAGGCAUCAUCUACAGAGAUUUGAAGCUUGAGAACCUGUUACUGGACAAAGAUGGUCACAUCAAGAUAGCAGAUUUUGGCCUAUGCAAAGAGUCGAUCACUUACGGGCAGACGACGAAAACAUUUUGCGGCACACCUGAGUAUUUGGCGCCAGAAGUGCUCGAAGACAAUGAUUACGGGCGCGCGGUCGAUUGGUGGGGUGUUGGGGUUGUCAUGUACGAGAUGCUUUGCGGCCGCCUUCCCUUCUACAACAGAGACCACGACGUCCUCUUCACCCUAAUACUUAUGGAGGAGGUUAAAUUUCCAAGAAAUAUCUCGAGCGAUGCUAAGUCCCUACUCUCAGGCCUUCUCAUCAAAGACCCGAACCAAAGGUUAGGCGGUGGUUUGGACGAUGCUAAGGAUAUUAUGGAUCACCCCUUUUUCGUCAGCAUCAACUGGAACGACCUCGUUCUCAAAAAGAUCACCCCGCCUUUUAAACCUCAAGUGACCUCGGACACCGACACGAGAUACUUUGACCAGGAGUUCACCGGAGAGUCGGUGGAGUUGACCCCGCCUGAAGCUGGCCCUUUGUGCAGCAUCACUGAGGAAAUGGAGCAGCAGCCAUACUUUUCGCAGUUCUCUUAUCAGGAACCAAGUUCUACCCUGGGCAAUGGCCCAAACCAGAAUCUGCAGCAUUGAGCCCAGCCGGCACGGCAGAUUGUGAUCAGCACAGCCCCGCAUAUUCCUGACACACAAAAAAAGAAAGAAGGAUUUCAAUAAUUAUUGCAUUAUCUGAUCUGUGUAAUUUAUCGUACCGGUUGAAAAAUUGUAGCCUAAUGAUUUACAAUACAAUAGUUUUAAUUGUUAGUAUUAAAAAAAGAGAGAAAGUAACGUGCUUUAAGAUAAUAAUGGCCUCGAAAUUGAAUUUGAUUUUAAAAUGUAUACAUAUCCUUCUAGUUUCUUGCCAAAUGUUAACAACUGUGUUCCUAGUGAAUUAACCACGUUUAAUUUGACGGCAGCAUACCCUUGUGAAGAUGGAGAGUUGAGCACUCUUUAGUGUAGUGUAGCGAAUUUCUGCAGGAAUGUUUUGCAUUUUAAGUGUACAGAAAUCUGAAUUGGUUCUUUAGACCUGAUGUUGGUUACAAUCCCAAUGAUUUAUCUAGUAUUAAAGCCAGCUAAUUCAUUAAUUUUCAAACGUCUUGAUUUGUAUUCUGGCAAUGCGUUUGAUGUUCAACUUUCCUGUAAUCAUGUUACAGCAGAUUAAAUAAAAAUUUGAUAUCAAUUGUAAAAACAA